AUGACUCGUACCCUCCCUCUUUUUACCCAUUUCGCUGGCAAUUAAGUCCGUUACACUUGAUUUGCUGCGAAGCCUUCCGACCGAAUCCACUCCUCGGUUGCUCUCGGUCGACUGCCGCCGCCCAGCCGACUCGACCUUCCCAUCGGCCUGGUCAGCUAUUUCUUGGAUCGUUUGCCCUCCCUCUUCUGUCCGAGCUCGUUGGCCACCAUAGUUCGGUACACUGGACUUGCUGCGAGCCUUGCAGCCGCGUAUCCUCCGCGGUUGCCUCUCGGUCGACUGCCGCCGCCUCGGUCGACACCCCUUUCGCUCCUUCGCGCUUUCGCGCGCUCUCUCGCUCUCUCCCUCGUCUCUCGCGUGUAGUCAUCGUCAUCCCCUCCGACGUUGCCUGUCAGCUCGAUGUCGUCGACGAUCCGGCGCUCGACGAUUUCUCUGAGUCCGAAGCACGAACACGAUUGGCUGCCUUACUCGAGAAAUUUUCUGAUGUGUUCGUAGAUUCGCUACCGAUGGACCAACUCCCACCGUACCGGCCAGUCAACCACGAGAUCCCGUUGAUCGAUCCCACCGAAAAGGUCAAACCCCGGGUAUACCCCCUUGCCGACAAAUAUCGCAGCCAGUGGGCGGAACACUCAGCUAAGUACACUCGUGGUCGAUUCUGGGUUUCGGGUCCGAUCGAUUCUGCGGCUCCGGUCUUUGCCAUUCCGAAGAAGAACUCCCAGACGGCUCGUUUCGUGAUCGACCUCCGCGCGCGCAACAGCAACACCGUCAAGCGUUUUUCGCCCAUCCCGGACAUGACCAAUGUUCGAUACGAGGUGGCUCGAUCGCGUUAUCGCUCUAAAUUCGACGUGGCCGCGGCAUUUGAGCAGGUUCGGGUCAUACCGGAGCACGUCGAUCGCACCGGCUUCGCAACGGUGACGGGCACGUACACGUCGCGGGUCAUGCAGUUUGGUGACACCAAUGCGCCCAAUACCCUCAACCUCUUGACCUCGGCGAUGUUCCAGCCGUGUCUCCCGUUCGCCAAGAUCUUUUUCGACGAUGUCCACGUCCAUUCCGAUACCCGUCGUGCGCACUUGAGACACAUCAAGAUCCUGUGUCAGGAGCACAGCCUGCACUGCCAUCAAUACUCGAAGGAAGUCUCCCAAGUUUGCGGCCGGAGUCGACAUCAGCUACCGGUUUGUUCGUUGCAAGCAUUGUCGGCGCGAUGGUGUAGUCGUGAGGGCGCGCGGGCGCGCACUCAGUGGUCGAGGGUUCGAUCCGCCCGGAGCGUGA